AUGGGUAGGCCCUUAUGGAGACCACCACCGGGAAACUCUGAGAAUAACUCCACGGAUGACGCAAACAAACAGCCGGUACCGCCCCGGUGCAUCUCGCCCCCAAACUUUCACACCUCUUCCACCUCCGGCUCCUCCUCUGCCGCCGGCCCAGAAGCCAUGGUGAUGCGCAACGACAGCUCGAUGCUCACGCUCGACGAGUUCCUGCGCGAGACAAGCACCCGCGACAGCACGGAACGCCAGCUCCAGGGCCUCCUGGCCCUGCGCAGGCGCAUUGGCUCCGAGACUAGACCAGGACGGUGGGGCAGCCUGUAUGAUCACACCCCAGCGGGGCGGAGGAGGAUUCUUGAGCAGGACGAGCUUGAGGAGGAGGAGGGUGAGGUCGACGAGGACAGGAUCCCGGAGAUCUAUUGGAAUUUUCGAGCACGAGUCUCGCCAGGGUCGUUGCCUCUACCGCCGCAGCCACUUUCUGCCCUUCCUGCCGCGAGCUCGGGGGCUUUGUCGGUGCCCAGGGAGGACUCGACGGCGGAUGUGCUCACGGGACCGUCACAGCUGGUUCAGCCCCCGAUGAGGACUUCCGGGGAAUAUAGGCCCUAUGUAGCGGGUGUGCCCUCAAUCACAUGGCCUCCGCUGCCACCGCCUUCUUCGUCGUCGCUGCCGCCCCUGAGUCGCCAGGACAGUUUUGACACACUUGUGUCUCAGAUACGGCGCAUCGGUGCGCUGCAGGACUUUAUGCUGAACUCUACAACCACCCCACCAGACCCCCCAACUCCAACGGCUACGGCCGCGACAGUUGCGAGCCUGCGCAUCCGCGAGGCGAGGCUGAGGGCUAUGCAGACGAGGAUCGACCUGCUGGCGAAUGAGUUUGCGGUGCUGAGUAGUACGAGGAGGGAGAUGAGGAGGGCCAUGGCGAAUGAUGCGCCGGUGCCGGCACCGCCGCCGCCGCCGCCAGUGAGGAUGAGCGAGAGCUUGAGGGAGGAGCUGAUGAGGAGCGCGGUCAUGAGGAUGCAGAUUGAGGCGUUGCCGCUAUGA